AUGAGAUCAAGUAGCAACCAGAAGGCAGUGGAUGCAGGGCGCAAGCAGAGUCCCGGUGGUGCUGGUGGUGACGGAAUUUCAAGGCGGCCGACUUCUCAAAAGGUUUGGGGCUCAUCCUCAAACUCGUUCUCGCAGCGAGGCUCCAUGCCUAUCCACCAGAAUGGGAACAAUGCCCAACCCAGAAACACAAACACGAUAAGGUCCACAGCGCAGAGAGAUGCAGGCAUUACAGACAAACAAGCGCACGAGAGAUUGAUGUUCCUGUUUGGGGCGGCUAUAGGUUUGAACAUCGUCCUAACGUCCAAGUCGGGAGAGAAGUUCGAGGGACUGUUGUCUGGUUCAUCACUCACGCCGACCAGCACCAAGAUCACUCUCAAGAUGGUUAGAAAACUACAGCCUGCCACUUCAGGCCAGGCAAACGGCGUAGCAUCUCGGGAAGCGGCCUUAGUUGGUUCGAGUCCUGAGUAUGCAAUGAAUUUUGAUUUGAAAGAUAUGGCCGACAUGAGCAUCGCCGACUUCUCUCUGCCCGAGACCUCGAAACUCACCAAUGGGUCCUCCUCGACCUUUCAAACUGACACUGAUAUAUCUGGCAAUCAACUUCGAGGUGAACGCGAACUUCAAAGAUGGGUGCCAGAAGGACCAGACAACACCGAUUUUUCAUUGGGGUCAUUGGGGUCGGGGAAUACCGCUGCUUGGGAUCAGUUUGCUACCAACUCACAAUUGUUCGGCGCCAAAAGCACCUACGACGAGAAUCUCUAUACCACCACCAUCGACCGCAAUGCGCCAUCGUACAAACGUCGGGAAGCUGAAGCUGAAAGAAUCGCGCGAGAGAUUGAAGGUUCAAUGUCGACAAAUGCACACGUCCGCGAGGAACGUGGUCAGGCUCUCGAGAACGACGGUGAGGACGAGGAAGAGAAAUAUAGUGGAGUUCGUCGGGAUGAGCAAUCCUAUACACCACUGUCCGUUGGGGGCACGAACAAAUACACACCUCCAGCGAGGCGUGCGCCUACCGGUCAAGCAACUGUACCGGGAGCACCUGUAGAUCCCGCAAUCAUAUCCGCGCAGCUCUCUCGACCAGAGCCUGCCGUGGGCAACACGCAGAAGCCGCAACAUGAAAGAGAUAUCCCUGUUACUGCUGAGAAGAGUACAGCACCUGCGCCAGACAAGCAGCUGUCUGAACCAAACGGUACGGCGUCAACUCAGAGCGCUCAGCCCGAAAAGGUCGUCAAACCAGGGACUCCAACGACUCCUGGCAAGGUUGAUUCGACCAACAUUGAAACGCAACCUAGCAACAGAGUCAUAUCACAAGGUCCUACCGAAAACGUCGAAGUCAAGGUCCUCCACCAAUUCCGCCAAUUCGCCGAUUUCGAGAAGCAAAGAGUCAUUGAGAGACGAAAGGCUCAAGCCAGCCAAGAUCGCACUGCUAAGCUGAACGAACUCAUGCGUUUCUCGAAGACGUUCAAACUCAAGACCCCCAUUCCGAGCGAUCUGAUCGGUAUCCUUGCCAAGGACCCAGCUAAGCAGGAGGCUAUUGUCGAAAGGGCACAAAAGGAAUCCAGCGAAUCAACUUCCCCUACGAAGGCGAGCCCUUCGCAAGGCCCGGCUGCCAGCAACACCACCCGCAAAGCCGACGUUCCACAACCUCAACCGCCCGUGCCGGAACGACAAGUGUUCCACCGUGGUCGUGGGGGAAUCCAAGCAGCUGGACGGUCUGACCGACCCGCAGGCCAGCAACAGCCACCGCUCUUCCCAGGCCGAAAUAACAGCGCUCCAUAUCAACCAAGAUUUAAUGCACAUCAGCAAGACCGCAAGAGUACUCAGCCUCCUCCCAUUCCUGCACCGAUUCCCAUUAUUGAAGGGCGUGUCCCUCCAACUGGGCCCAUGGCCGAUCAAGCUGGAAUGACCAGCCCGCAGAGAUCCAACAUGCACACUCCCAAUUCCGCCAUUUCUGGAAAAUUCAACCUCAAUGUGAAAGCUUCGGAAUUUCGGCCAACUGCUGUCUCCUUCAGUCCAGCUGGUCCCUCGCAAACUCCUUCAAGUCCCGGCUCAACCCAACGUGCGGGUUCCAUCUCCCGAACAGCCUCUCCCUCCGUGUUCUUUGGUAACCGAAAGCCCAAGCCGGCUUCCCAGAGGCCCUCUAUUGCCAAAGAUUUUAAUCCAAUCGUUCGGAUGAAAGCAGAGCAUGCUCCGAAGAAAGCCAAAGAAGGUGCAAAGAUCGAAGAGGUACAAAAAGACUACAGUAGCAAUGGUGGCAUUCCGAACGCCUUCCAAACGGGACCAAGAUGGACUGUGAAGCCUGAGAACGACCAAAAGACUUAUGAGGAAGUAUUCGAAAAACCCACGGCACAUUCUGUGGUCUCACCUGCUCAGAGCCGGUCAUCGUCGAGCCAUCAUAUUCCAAUGUAUGGGCAGGGUAUAGCGAUACCCAAUGGACCUGCCAACAUCCCACAUAUUUCAACACCACAGCACGUUCCGCACAACGCCUCACACCCGUUUCCCCAUCAAUAUGAGGAUGGCGGUCAUCGAAUGCAAUAUGGAGCAGCAACUCCACAGGUGUUUUCGUCGCCAAACAUGGCUUCGCGUCAAGCUUCAGCCUAUGCUUCGCCCAUGGCACACCCUGCCCAACUCUCUUAUCAAUCGCAACCAUAUUUCGGGACCGCUACUGGCCAGAUGCCCAUGCAAAUGCGACCGUACCCUGGAACUCCUGGCAUGAUGCACGCUCAGGUGGGGCAGAUGAGUGCGCCAAUGAUGGUCCAACAGCCAUCGAAUGGUCCAUACAUGGCGGUGCCGCAGCAUUUCAAUCCCCAAAUGCAGAUGUAUUCGCCAAAUCCCAGUCAAGCGUAUCCCCAGCAGAAUGGAGGCUACGCCAGUCCCGGACGGAUGGCGCCGAUGAUGAUGCAGCAAGGAUCGCAACAGGGCCAUCCACCAGCGCCCAGUAUGAUGUUCAGCGUCUCCAACCAAGGAGCAGCACCGAUGGCAUAUCCGCAGCAACAAAUGGGGAUGCAUCGUGGCAGCUAUGGCGGAGGGCACCAAUACGGCUCUACACCCCAUCAGGGAUAUGCCAUGCAACACCGAACCAUGAGCAGCGGAUACGGCCAGAUGUCGCAAAAGAUGCAUCAUCAAAUGCAACCAGCUCACGGACCUGCGAUGAACGGUCCCCCACAAGGACCGGCAUAUGGACAAAUGGAAGGAGGUCAGGACGACGGCAAAUGA